AUGGGUGCAAUCUCUCCGGCCGAACAAGCCGGCAAAGGUGCCGAUGUCAAAGACUUCAAGGAAAUCAGCGAUGAUACCACCUCCACUCACUCGUUUGACCCAGACUCCUUGCUCCAGAAAUUGGUGGAAGAGGAAGCCGGUCACAACAUCAACUACCGUAAUUGUUCUUGGCAGAGAACAGCGGGGUUACUCUUUUCCGAAUAUAUCUGUCUUGCAAUCAUGUCGUUCCCAUGGUCCUACUCGGUGUUGGGACUCGGGCUCGGCUUGAUUGUCACGGUGAUCGUUUCGUUAAUUGUGCUUUACACCGGAUUGAUCAUUGUUGACUACUGUGCCGCCUACCCUCAUUUGACUGAUGUGUGUGAUAUUGGCCGUCACUUGUUUUGGGGCAAGCAGUGGGUCUGGUACGCCACUGCUGUCUGUUUCCUUUUGAAUAACACCUUGAUUCAGGCUUUGCACGUCUUGGUGGGUGCAAAGUACUUCAACACCAUCUCCGACAAUACCACUAUCUGUUCCAUUGUGUUUGGUGUUGUCACCAUGAUUAUUUGUUUCUUGUUUUCCCUUCCAAGAACUUUUUCCCACAUGUCUGGCGUGGCAUAUUUUUCAGCCAUUACCAUGUUCAUUGCCGUGAUUUUGUCAAUGAUUUUCGCUGGAAUUCAGGACCAUCCCGCAGGAUAUGCUAAGCUUCAAAAGCCUGUCCACUAUACAGUUUGGCCAGCUCCAGAUGCCACCUACGUCCAGAUUAUGUCUGCAGUGUUGAACAUUGUGUAUACCUUUGUGGGUCAAAUCACUUACCCAUCGUUCAUUUCUCAAAUGAAGCAGCCAAAGGACUUCAAGAAGGCCCUCUACAUUGUGACUGUAUGCGAGUUGAUUACCUUUGCGUUAGCGGGCUCGAUUGUCUACGUGUACGUUGGAAAUGCUUACAUUACCGCCCCUGCCUUCGGAUCUCUUGAUGGAAACUACAAGAAGAUCGCCUUUUCCUUUGCUUUACCAACUGUGCUCUUCUUGGGUUCACUUUAUGGAAAUGUUUCAUCGCAAUUCCUCUUCCUUAAGAUCUUCCAGAAGGGCUCUAAACACAGAAAUGAGCACACCGUGAAGGGCUGGUUGGUCUGGGCUGGAUUGAACUUUCUCUUAUGGGCCCUCGCAUUUAUUAUCGCAGAAGUUAUUCCUUUCUUCUCAGAUUUGUUGGGUUUGAUGUCUUCGCUUUUCGAUUGUUGGUUUGGCUUCAUCUUCUGGGCAGUGGCUUACUUCAAAUUGAAAAAGCUCCACUAUACCAAAAAUGAAGGGAUUGCCGACAUAUCCCUUUUUGAAGUUUUUAAAAGAGAAGGACUUUGGACGAAGAUCCAGCUCUUAUUUUGUGGUUUGUUGAUCAUUAUUGGUCUUUACAUUUUGGGUCCAGGAUUGUAUGCUACCAUUAAAAGUAUUGUCAUUUCAUAUGAAGACGAUGUGUAUGGAAAAGCAUUUAGUUGUGUCAGUAAUGGGCUUUAA